CUUCGACAGGAGACUGCGGAAGAACACUGGUUGCUUCAGAGAUAUUUCUUGGCAAUGAGCGCUCAGGAAUCAAGAAGGGGUCUUUUUCAAAGCCAAUCGCAAGGAAAGAAAUUUAGCUCCAUAACCUCCAAGAGUUUUAUGAAGCAAAGUGGAGGAAAGCACACAAAUGGGAAAUCGUUGGGCGUGCAGCUGGAAGAUAAAAACUCCAAACUGUUGACAAAUGCCAUACAAAGUGAUUCAAGGGGAACAAAAUGGGCAAAAACUCAUGGCAAUGAAUGGCAAGCAAAGCGGAGGACGCGUCCGAGUGGGGUUAGAACAACAAGACAAAUCAGGCGAAACGAGAGAGAAAGAGGGAGGAAAGCAAGAUUAAACGCGGCCUUUCAAGUCCUUCGUUCAGUUGUACCAAGUAACGUGAAUUCUUCUGGAGGUGUCAGCGAACGAAAGAUGACUCAAGUUGAAAUCCUACGUCUGGCUAAAAAUUAUAUUUCGAACCUUACGGAACUACUCGACAAAAUCAAAGAAGAAGAGAAGUACUCUCUUCGAGCUUUCAAUGCUUAAAUACUUUUAUUGUUAUCGUGAUGAGAUUCCUCCCGUCACUUUGGUAAUUUUGGUUUUUAAAACUACGUGAAUGCAACGAAAAGCCAGCGAUUAGAAAU